CAUGCUUCCUGCUACUCUUAUCCUCAUCUCUCUCCCUCACUAACUCACAAACUCGCAGACACACACCGCCGGCUCUCUCGUUAAUGCAUACCACGAACAAGCCUCCUCCUCCCAUGCCCAUCCACGCUGUCCUCCACCCUCCCAUACGCCUCCCUCCCCCCUCCCUCUCGCCGCCAACGGCGACAGCGAUGGCGUACGCUUCCAAACGUGGGAAUCUAGUGAUGAUGAGGCAGUUACGCAGGCAGUACUGGAGCUGCAAAGCGAUCAGGAGACGAGUGAGGUACGAAGAAGGAGAGGAAGAAGGAGAAGAAGAGGCGUACGGGCAGAAUGCGGAGAUUCCGAUGUUGGAAGCCUACAGUGCCGCGUUCAGGGACGUUGCUCUUUUGGUGCGGGCCGGCGUCGAUGAUGAAGAAGAGUUGGUGCUCAUCUUUAAGGGUUUCUCUUCGAGUUUGAGCUCAAGGACCUCAUCGGAUCCCUCCAAGAGCGUUCUUCCUGGGCGGGCUGUGAUCCAUUCCAUUGAUGUCGUCAAAGGCCCGUUUAACCCAUCCAACAUCGAGUAUUUAGAGAGGGGUUUGACGUGGGAAGACUUCAAGACUCGGCUCCAACCCAACAAAUCAUGAUCCAAGAUUAACUCAAUGAUGGCCUUAUAAUUAACAGCCCCAUGGGUGUGGGGUGCAUUAAUAAGGCACUCAAACAGAAAAUAAGAAGGUAAGAGUUCAAAUUUCAAGAGAAUAAUUUUGAAGAUCGGUCUUUGAGUUUGAGUGAGUGUGCAUCAAUAAUACUUUAGAUUUACUUAAUAGACUAACUAAGGGGGAAAAUCGUUUAUCUAUAGAAUUAGCUAGGCGAAUCUCAAACAUCUAUAUUAUCAAAAAUAAAAAUA